AUGAACCACGGUGGCUCGGGCCGCGGUCCCAACGCUCGACGGGGCCCCAAGGGUGCCAAGCGCGGAAAGGUGCAAAAGAAUGCAACAAAGGGCAGCUCGUCCAAGCACACGCACAAUGAGCACAAACGGUACGAACCAAGUCCCUCCCCAACGCUGGAUAGCGACAAGGACCUGUCGGAUAGUGACAACGAAGGAAGCUCGGGGUACAGGAAGGGGGGCUACCAUCCUGUCAGGAUUGGCGAGAAGUUCAAGAACGGGAGGUACAUCGUGCGGCAGAAGCUCGGUUGGGGGCACUUUUCUACUGUCUGGCUGGUGGACGACACGUUGACUGGGGGACAGGGGGCACUGAAGGUGCAGAAGAGCGCUUCGCAGUACACCGAGGCUGCACGCGACGAGAUAGACCUGCUGACGCAGAUCAGGGAUGGGGACCCAGACGUUGAGAACUGCUGCUGUCAGCUUCUGGAUUGGUUUGAGCACCACGGGACGAACGGGAGGCACAUGUGCAUGGUCUUUGAGGUCCUUGGGGACAACUUGCUGAAGUUGAUCAAGCGCUACAACUACAAGGGUAUCCCCCUGCCGAUUGUCAGGAAUGUGACAAGGCAGGUGCUGAUAGGCCUUGACUACCUUGAGAGGAAGUGCAAGAUCAUCCACACAGACUUGAAACCUGAGAACGUCAUGCUUUCAAAGCCUUUGGUGAUGCGGAAGCAGGUGAAACCUGCAGGUGAGGUGCAUAUGCCCAAGCUCAGUGUUCAUGUGCGAAGCCAGGAGGAUUUUGACAGGGGCCCCCCACUGACAAAGAGCCAAAAGAAACGGAUGAAGCGAAAGCUCAAGAAAGCAGCCGAGAAAGCAUCUGCUGCCCAGUGCACCAGCCCCAACGGAAUGGAAAGGGAAGAGAACUUGCCAGAGCCGGGAGAGGCCAACGGGCUUUCACAGCCAUCCUGUGAUCUGGACACCCAGGAAGAGAGCUGCUCGACCAUGGGCCUUGAGGGCAGGAGGCUGGAAGAUGGCUUGGACUCUGGCGGGGUAUCCUCAAGGGUGGCUGUUGAGGAGCCGUGUCAGGUGCUCACUGAUGAAGAUUUGGAAACUGUUUGCUGCAAGAUCGUCGACUUUGGCAAUGCGUGCUGGACCUACAAGCACUUCACCAGCGACAUACAAACAAGACAGUACCGGUCUCCAGAGGUCCUGCUGGGCGCGAAGUACUGCACUUCUGCAGACAUGUGGUCCCUGGCGUGCAUGGUUUUUGAGUUGGUGACAGGCGACUUCCUUUUUGACCCACGCAGCGGGGAAGACUACUGCCGGGACGAGGACCACCUGGCCUUGUUCAUAGAACUGCUGGGAAAGCCGCCAAGGCGAAUCGCACUGACAGGGAAGUAUGCACGCGACUUUUUCAACCGCAAUGGCGAACUGCGCAACAUCAAGCACCUCAAGUACUGGCCGCUGGAUCGCGUGCUGGUGGACAAGUACAAAAUGCCUUUAGAAGAAGCACUGGGCCUGACUGACUUCCUGCUGCCGAUGCUGCACUACGAUUUUGAGCAGCGCGCGACUGCGCGAGAGCUACUGGGCCACCCGUGGCUGAGGGGCGAACUGCCUUAUGUGGACCCAGAGUCUUCACCCACUUGCAGGAGACGGCGAUCUGGGCGGUCGAAGCAUGCAGCGCGUUCCAGGCCGCCUUUCGCCGAUGGCGAUCUUUCGUCGUCAAUGUCUGGGUCAAGGUCCCCGAAAAGGGCUAGGUCGUCGAUGUCCACUGGCCGCAGCGCAAAGGCUGGCCAUAACUCGCACUCAGCUUCCCAGGGGUCAGAGGAGAUGUCGACGGAAGAAAGGCUGGAGUGCAGUGGUGGGUGGAGGGCAGCUGGCACAACGAGCUGCAGAGGAAAUCUGACUUGUGGGAUGAAUGGCAGCAUUGACGUGAAAGGGGCAGGAACCGCGAUGCAGUGCACGGACAGAGACAUGGACACCAGAUGUAGUCGAUACGGGGUGGGCAAGGAUUGGGAUGGCCCCCAUGGUGGGCGGAACAGGCACAGGGCCCUGGCUUCGCUAACUGAGUCUCUGGACGGUGUAGACUUGCGGGGAGCAUCGGCUGACGAUGGCCGGGGCGAUGGGCAGGAACCUGGCGGAACAGUGCCAGAUGUGGACGGACUGGACAGGAUGCUGUCAGGGCUUGAGGGUUACAAGGGGCUGCAAUGCAGCAGCAGGUCACCGAACUUCAGCAGGGACCCGGGGGCCGAGGAGCUGCAAUGUGGGGGGUUUGCGGACAACGUCGUAGUUUGUGAAUGA